AUGUCUUCGAAUAUAAAAAUUCCUAUACCAAAAGUAAAACAAUCUCGUUGGGGUCAUCCACUUGUAUUUGUUGCAUCACUUAUUGGUCUUGCUGGUUCAAGUGCUGUUUAUUAUGCUCAUAUUCGUGCGCGACAAAAAGCACGAAAUCUUUUUCUUGAACAAUCAUUUUAUAAACAAGCACUUGAAUUAACAUCUGGUUAUAAACCAAUAAUUGAAAAACUUGUUGAACCCAUUCAACCACUUCAAAUUGAUACAACAAGUAAAUUUAAUAUUCUUGGUCCACUUGGAGCACAAACUCAAUAA